GGGCGGGCUCCUUCCCGCUCCCAGUACUCAGCACCCGAGCUCUCACUCCUCCCCUCACUCUCCACGAGUUCCACGCCUCGGGGUGUAGCUCCGCCCCUGUCCCCGAGUCCGCCCCCGCAACCUCCAGAGCGUGUGCUCUCCUUUCCUCUCAGUCCUGCCAUCUAGCUGCCUUGGGUCUCGCGCUCCGCACAACGGUCCGACUCUCUCCGGCCUCGUUCCGCCGCCUCCGCGCGCUCUCCCCGUGCUGCCACCGCGCCCCCCAAGCUUGCCUCCUUCUUGCCGGACUUGGGGUCGCGCGCCCUGACUCCGCCCCCUCCCGCGGACCCGCGCACUCCCUGCGCGGCCUCUCCCCCACGCAGGCCACUGAGCACUCUGCGGCCUCCCCCUCCUUCCCCGCUCUCCUCGCGCUUCCCUGGCUCCCUAGCUGUCGCGCUCUCCUCGGCGAGCGCGCUCCCGGCCCGCGCGCUCCGGGCUCCGGUUUCUCCCGGCUCCUGUCAGUGCGGUGACUGCGCUGGGAAACAUGGCGACCGAGGGAAUGAUCCUUACUAACCACGACCAUCAAAUCCGUGUCGGAGUCCUUACAGUGAGUGAUAGUUGCUUCAGGAAUCUUGCAGAAGACCGCAGUGGGAUAAAUCUCAAAGAUCUCGUACAAGAUCCUUCUUUGUUGGGUGGGACUAUAUCAGCAUACAAGAUAGUACCAGACGAAAUAGAAGAAAUCAAGGAAACCCUGAUAGAUUGGUGUGAUGAAAAGGAACUUAAUUUGAUAUUAACAACUGGAGGAACAGGAUUUGCACCACGAGAUGUCACUCCAGAGAAAUUCCCAACAUUCCCAUUUUGUGGGCUCCAGAAAGGGGCCACAAAAGAAGUAAUAGAACGGGAAGCACCAGGGAUGGCCCUGGCAAUGCUGAUGGGAUCACUUAAUGUUACACCUCUGGGCAUGCUCUCUAGGCCUGUAUGUGGAAUCAGAGGGAAAACGCUCAUAAUUAACCUGCCAGGUAGCAAGAAAGGAUCUCAGGAAUGCUUUCAAUUCAUACUGCCAGCUCUACCUCAUGCCAUUGACCUUUUACGUGAUGCCAUUGUAAAAGUAAAGGAGGUGCAUGAUGAACUUGAAGAUUUGCCUUCCCCACCACCCCCUCUUUCCCCUCCUCCUACUACCAGCCCCCAUAAACAGACAGAAGACAAAGGGGUUCAAUGUGAGGAAGAGGAAGAAGAGAAGAAAGACAGUGGUGUUGCUUCAACAGAAGAUAGUUCCUCAUCACAUAUAACUGCAGCAGCCAUUGCUGCCAAGAAGCAUCCAUUCUACACCAGUCCUGCUGUUGUCAUGGCACACGGUGAACAGCCCAUCCCUGGUCUCAUCAAUUAUUCCCAUCAUUCAACAGAUGAACGGAUUCCAGACUCCAUCAUUUCUCGUGGUGUUCAGGUGCUCCCACGAGACACAGCCUCCCUCAGCACUACUCCUUCAGAAUCGCCUCGUGCUCAGGCUACAUCUCGCCUCUCUACGGCUUCCUGCCCAACACCAAAACAAAUUAGACGGCCGGAUGAAAGCAAAGGAGUUGCUAGUAGAGUUGGAUCCCUCAAACUCCACUCUAGAUUGGAAGGGCUUAAAGAUGAACUCUGGAGGAAUAGAGGCUACGACUUAAGAGUCCAGUCCAGGUGCAGCAGCAAGGAGAACAUUCUCAGAGCCAGUCACAGUGCUGUCGAUAUCACCAAGGUGGCUAGAAGACAUCGCAUGUCUCCUUUUCCUCUGACAUCUAUGGACAAAGCCUUUAUCACAGUCCUGGAGAUGACUCCGGUGCUUGGGACAGAAAUCAUCAAUUACCGAGAUGGAAUGGGGCGAGUCCUUGCUCAAGAUGUAUAUGCAAAAGACAAUUUACCCCCCUUCCCAGCAUCAGUAAAAGAUGGCUAUGCUGUCCGAGCUGCUGAUGGCCCAGGAGAUCGUUUCAUCAUUGGGGAAUCCCAAGCUGGUGAACAGCCAACUCAGACAGUAAUGCCAGGACAAGUCAUGCGGGUUACAACAGGUGCUCCAAUACCCUGCGGUGCUGAUGCAGUAGUACAAGUGGAAGAUACCGAACUUAUCAGGGAAUCAGAUGAUGGCACUGAAGAACUUGAAGUGCGAAUUCUGGUGCAAGCUCGGCCAGGCCAAGAUAUCAGACCCAUCGGCCAUGACAUUAAAAGAGGGGAAUGUGUUUUGGCCAAAGGAACCCACAUGGGCCCCUCAGAGAUUGGUCUUCUGGCAACUGUAGGUGUCACAGAGGUUGAAGUUAAUAAGUUUCCAGUGGUUGCAGUCAUGUCAACAGGGAAUGAGCUGCUAAAUCCUGAAGAUGACCUCUUACCAGGGAAGAUUCGAGACAGCAAUCGUUCAACUCUUCUAGCAACAAUUCAGGAACAUGGUUACCCCACAAUCAACUUGGGUAUUGUAGGAGACAACCCAGAUGACUUACUCAAUGCCUUGAAUGAGGGUAUCAGUCGUGCUGAUGUCAUCAUCACAUCAGGGGGUGUAUCCAUGGGGGAAAAGGACUAUCUCAAGCAGGUGCUGGACAUUGAUCUUCAUGCUCAGAUCCAUUUUGGCAGGGUUUUUAUGAAACCAGGCUUGCCAACAACAUUUGCAACUUUGGAUAUUGAUGGUGUAAGAAAAAUAAUCUUUGCACUACCUGGGAAUCCUGUAUCGGCUGUGGUCACCUGCAAUCUCUUUGUUGUGCCUGCACUGAGGAAAAUGCAGGGCAUCUUGGAUCCUCGGCCAACCAUCAUCAAAGCAAGGUUAUCAUGUGAUGUAAAACUUGAUCCUCGUCCAGAAUACCAUCGGUGUAUACUAACUUGGCAUCACCAAGAACCACUACCUUGGGCACAGAGUACAGGUAAUCAAAUGAGCAGCCGUCUGAUGAGCAUGCGCAGUGCCAAUGGAUUGUUGAUGCUACCUCCAAAGACAGAACAGUACGUGGAGCUCCACAAAGGCGAGGUGGUGGAUGUCAUGGUCAUUGGACGGCUAUGAUGGUCACCAGCAGGAGAAAGCUUUGAUGCAUGUCCACAUAUCAUUGACUGUAUCCUGUAAUAUGCAACAGCACAGCUAGUUUUCCCGAUUUGGAUAAAAGUUGAUCUGUAUAGUCAACAUCUUGAACUAUAUUUCAAAUGAAUUUAAAUAUCUUUUAAAGAAAAAAACACCUAAAAAUAAAUCUUAACAGACGAUUCUAUUCUGAUUAUAUCAAGGCAAAUUUUUCCUUUCUUGCAAAUUGCUUUGUGUGUUCAAUGCUAGGUCUGAUAGCGAUAGCUUUUAGUAGACAGCGGUAGGUGCCUGCAGAACUUGUGUUUUUCUCAUCUUUAAAAUACAACUACUUAUGCUCUUAAAUCAAGGCUGUCUGCUUUUAUACUAGCGUAGGCAACACUUGGAUUUCCCUUCUUAGUAUGCUUCAUAACUGCUUUACAGAGAGCUUUUGCUUGUUCUUUCUCAUGUAUCUCGUGUUUAUGUGCACAGUGCCAAAAGAAGACUGACUGGGUGGAGGCUCUGCCUUGCCUCAAGAACCAUCCCCUGCAGAGCAUCCAGGGAGGUUUCUCGCCCCAAUAGCCUCACGGCACAGUACUCUUGGGCAGUAACUGGACACCUUUUAUUUGAACAAACAAACUGAAGAAAAAAUGCUUCCUUAAGUGCUGACAGCCUUUUUAACCAAUACAUUUAAAAUUGUACAGAACAAAAAAAUAAAAUCAAAGACUGAUCUUGUACAGAUAUUAGUGUUACCAGCAUUCAUGUGGAAAUCAAGAGCAAAGACAAAAUAAUGUUAAACAAUUCUGUACCAUAACAUUUUCUGUAAUGAUACUGAAACUUAAUGAAUAAAAAAAUUCCUUGAUCAUUAUUUAAAAA